UAUAGUCCCAUUUACUUCAGACUGACCUGUGACUUGCCAACUACAGCCAGCUCUUAAAUGAUAACUUUGUUAAUAUAAUAAAUACUCCUAUCACAUGUCUGUGUAUGUGUGCCUACAUGGGGCACCGGUGAAUUGGCACACAUGUCGGACCCCGGGGAGGAGUGGCAGGUGGCCCGGCGACGAAAAGGAGCAGCGCGGAAAUCAAAAUCUCCUCAGGUGGCUUUGAGCUCAGCAUGCUGCCAGGAGCAGCUGGACAUCCAGAGGACAGUCAAACGCAUCAGAGACACGGUGUCUGAGUUGAGGUGUGAGGAGUUUUGGCAGCAGUGGAAAGAUCAGCUGCUGGCAGCAGGAAUAGCGUCCCUCUCAAAACCUCCAGAGAACAAAAACACUGAGGACCCCACCGACCAGCUGGAGAGCAGCAGAGAUGGCAGACUGUGUCAGCAGCUGGAGUGUGUGUGUUACGGCCUUGGCUCUUUUUCCUCCUGUGUCUCCGCCCGCUACCAGCUCGCCAUGCUGCUGCUGCUACUGGAGGCAGGACAGAUUACACUGAAGGACUGCUCUGUUUACGACCCGGUGUUCUCCUCUGGAGAGAGAGAUGUCCUGAGAGAGCUAGGUCUGACUGUGCUAACAGAAAAUGAGGAGGGGAAGCGUCUGGUGAACAAACCCACACUCUUUUACUUGAUGCAUUGUGGGAAAGCCCUGUACAACAACCUCCUGUGGAGGAACUGGAGCACACAAUGUCUUCCUCUGAUGAUAAUCAUUGGAAACAGCUUCUGUGGCAUGAUGGACAGGACAAUUGAGAGAGAGUUCAAGCGGGACUACCGCUACAUUACUCAAGCUGUGUCUGUGUGUGCGGAGAGACAGCUGCCUUGUCCGUCCCGUCUGAUUGACGUCUUCGGUGACACGGCAGUCAUCACCUUUCCAACCAGCAGCCUUGACAGCCUCUCACAAUCCACCUGGGCAGAGCCGCCUGAACCUGAGUACCAACACUGCUCUGAUUUGGAGAUUAUUCAGAGGGAAAAACAGAGCUGAGGCAGAAGACAAAUGGACAGCACUGUAUGUUUUUUAUAAGCCAUUUUUAAAGAAAUGAAUCCUUCCUAAAACUGAGGACUGAAUCUUGCAAUUGCACCAAACGACCUAUAACUCAAACAUUUUUAUUAAUGGACAUCCACACAAAUGUUUGACAGUUUUUCUCUUUCUUUGAUGGUCACAGGGUGGCAGUACAGGACUAUGUAUUCUGACUGAUCAAUUAUCUUCUUCGUUUAUCUGGGACAGGAGGAGCCAGUAUUGAUCCAUCAACUCACAGUAGGUUAUCUGCUCUUGAUAAGCAGUAUUUCAUAAGUUGAAAUAAGUUAACUUAAAAUGUAUAGUUACCCCUAUCAGAUCAAUUUCAGAACAAAUAAUCAAGUCAUGUUAAAGGUCCCAUGAUAUGUUUAUUCUGAGAUUCAUACUUUUAUUUUGGGCUUCUACUAGAACAUGUUAGCAUGCU